UUACAACCAAACAAAGUUUUCCACUUUAUAAUAUUAGAAUAGAUUGCAAAUCAAUUACUUUAUCAUUAUGUACUGAGCUCUUGAAAUGGGACGGAGGGAAAGAUGAACAUAAAUGCCACAAUGCAGGUAGGUGCCGCGCCUUCUUUUAGGUCAAAUUCAUACGGUGGGCAUGACCAAAACGAUCAGUUACUAGUGGACUAACGAGGCGUUCGGGUUCUUGAGACAUCUGUCAACGAUUUUUGGUAUAACAAAAAAAAAUUGAGUCUAAAGAAGACGUAUAAGGGUGAUUUAUAAACAGUAACGUUCCUCGUCCCUCAUACCCCGCAUUUUGGCGCGUUUCUUAAGCGAUUUUCCGUUAUGGCACCUCCGCUCAUUAUUUUGUCCUCCAUGUGGUACAGCUGAGUUCAUAUGUUUUUCUAUGCUAAUGUUGCCACGUUAGAAAAAGCUGUGCUACCGCGAGAAAAUAUCUUAUUCGUGUAGUUUUCCCCUACAUACAAUUAUUGCGUUCGUGCUUUAGGACACCUUAUGACUGUGGUUUAAAGCUCAAUUUUGUUUUGGCCUUACAAAAUCACACUAUGUUCUUUUAUAAUUUUUUUACCACUCUCACAGACUGCAGAGAUACAUACUCCACAGAUAUAUGAAAACUAAAAUAUUUUUGAAUCAAGGUCAGCCCAGAUUACUCGUGUAAACUCAGUUCAGCGGUUCGGCGAUCAGACUACAUACAAGUCCUGUCUAUAUUUGUUUUAUAUUUAUGUGAUUGUAUUGAAGAAGAUUGUCUACAAAAGAAGAUGGCGUUGCUUACACCAGUCACGUUGUCCGGCGACAACCUGGGCCAACGUCACCGACACCUCAACAGCUUAGUGCGCGAGGCUCAUGAGAGCGGAGCCAAGUUCCCUGAUGUGGAGGCUCUGCCCGAACUGUCUCCGCUCGACCGACUCUUCAAGAUAGACCUCGCCGUCAAACUGCAACAUGUGCACUACAUAAUACAUAACCUGAAACACGACGACAUGCUGUACGUGAGCAGAGCCCUGAGAGCGACCUGGCUAGUACACCACCACGACAUCAUUAACCCCAAACACUUGGAAGACGUACUCUUCCCAGAGAUGCUGGCGCCGGCGGUCACCAGAAUGAAACACUGGCUCUACAUCAACCUGCGAGAGCCAGCAAUGUGCCAGCAGUUCUAUCAGCACUACAAACCGGACUCCUUUGACUAUGCCAUAAAGUUCCUUAACCACUGCAGCCAAGACUUCAUACUGGAGGAGGUUCCCAACAUACUGGCAAAAAUAUCCUGUCAUUAUUUGAAGGUACUGUGUGAGAAAUGUCCUCAAGUUGCUAAAAUAUACUUCGAUGCGUUGGCGACGGAUGAUGAUGUGAAAGCGCGCUAUCUCGCACAAGAGAAGGUCUACUACAACAGCGUGAAGUGCGUGCUGAAGUCGGACGCCGAUGUGUUCCUCGACAUCACGGAGAAGUAUUUCAACAUGAACAGCUUUAGUCGCCUCAGUCCAUCGGCGACUGACUACAUCGUGCGCUGUCACAAAGCUAGAUUGUGGAGUAAGUUGGAGCUGUACGCGGCGUAUAUCCUGCACAUCCCGAGCCUCGCCGCUCGGCUCAGUGUCGAGGAGUGUCAGGAAGUAGUGCUGCAGCUCGCUCGGGCGAGCUACCUGCAGCAUUGGUUCAGUUAUAAAGCCGUGGAACCGCUGAUAAAGCGACUCAGUCCCGACAAGAGAGCCGCAUUCAAGAAACGAGUGUUCGUGGAGAAGGACGUGGGAGAGCCUGUGCCGGACUGGCCCUACUCCACGCCGGAUCCUCCGUUGCAGACCGACUCUGAUCCGUAUGUAUUUGAUGACGAAGAAUUUAGUACUGUCUGCGGGAUAAAAGUGACAAAGCGAUUGAUAAAAAAAAGGAGAGGUUACGAUGACUAUGUUGAAAUUGUAUCUUGUGAGAAUAUUGACAAAGUAAAAACUGACUUAGACCGAUUGUUCGAAGAGUUCCGUUUCAUUGGGUUUGAUCGUGCUCUGCACGAGCUUGGACAGCGGUUACAGGCUGCGAGUUCAGUUGAGAGACGGCGCGAUAUUUUCCUCGUGUUGGUGAGCAAGACCGGCGGCCGUAGUGAAGCUGUGUCGGCGCUAUUACGUUUAGCAGCACGUCACAGUAACGAACCGCCACACAUACGCGCCUCUAUACUGCGCAGUCUCGUGAAGCGUGCCAACGUGUGGCGUCUGCCUGCUGACGUCUGGCAACAUUUGCUGGAGUUCGGCCAUGGUCUCGGACUCGACGGGGGACCUCCCGAAGCCGCGUGCCGUGAGGGGCUGCACGCCGUUGUGAUUCGCCAAUUACUAGCUGGCGAAUGUGAACAAGCUAUCCGCGUCGCGUUUUUGAAUGAUUUUUCCACGCUGACAGAAUAUUCCCUGAAGAAGGACGAACGAGAGCGUGUUGCCGUCGGUCUCCAGAACAUGUUAGCAGCUUCAGCUGCAGACGCAGAACCGUCGGAAGCCGCAGAACGGCUCGGUCAGACGCUUGAUAUAAUUUUUAAUUACGGCAUUGGUGUCCACGCAGCAUUGCCCACGGUUAUGGCUGUGAAGAGUUUAGCUUUACGUGAUGGAGAAGUUUCUCGCUACUUAUUAAGACGACUAUACGAUGCUAGAAUUGGACGUCGUGAAUUACUCCGUGAGAAUUUAAAGUUUCGAUGUGAUCAGGCAGCGUUUCUUAACGCACUACGUCACGACCCAGCCGCUCUCGAAGUGGAGACUAUCGCAGAUGAGGUAGCUUUAGGUGGAUCACGUUUUGAUGUAUUAAUUUCGAAACUUGUGGUAUACUUCAACCAUGACAAAGAUGAUAUUACGGGCCGGCUAAGUCACGUAUUUCAGGAGAGAGUUUCAAAACGACCGGAAAACCGAAGGAAGAUUAUAAAAAAAACGAAUGUUUAUAGAAGACGUCCUAAGAAUGUCAAUUUGACCCGAGCGCUUGCAAGUCUUCUGUGCCAACAGUUUGGGAAAGUCUUGACUGAAUCGGACACAGAAGGCUCAUCAUAUGCGACGUAUGGUGCAGCGCUAAGGGCGUGCGCACACCGCGCCCGGCCAGCCAUCAACUUGGCGGAGUGGGGCUGGCGCAAGGCUGGUGUGAAAGCUGUCGCGACGCUCGCGAUGCGCUGUCGGGAAGCGGAGAGAGCCUCGCUAACUCGUGCGCUAGCGGCCGAGCGGCGCACGGUGAGAGUAGCCUUAGCGCUCAGCAUGCGCUCUGCGGGCGGCGCAGUGCUCGACACCUUCGCGGCAGCAGUCAAGCUGCGCCCAGCAGUCGCGCUGCGAGUAGCGUUGCUGUACUUCCGACGGUUUGGUGCUAGCGCUGAUAAGGUUUGGGAGCUGGUGAAACCUCUGUUUUCCACUGUCGACUUGGGACCACGCGAGAGGCUUCGUGAAUCACUUAGAAACGCUGGCUGGAGAUCUACAAUUGCAGCUGACUAUUGGGCUACAGUAUAUCUUGCUCUGCAUAAAAUUCCGAACUCGAAAUCCCUGUUCAUACUUCGCAGUGUGUGUUCGCUUCUUCCAGAAAUCAGACAAGACACACUUGAGAACGUUCUGCUUUGUAUGUUUAAUACUACUGAAGACGAUAUACCGGUGAUACCUUUUCCUGCACUGUAUGUCAGAUAUCUGAUGUUGGCUAGAAGUGAUCAAGAUUUCGAAGAGAGGUGUAGUAAGAUCGGUAAUCAGUUUUUCGAGAUUUUAGAAAACUUACGCCGAGAAGGAGCUUCUGCUUUUGAAAGAAGAUUGCAUCAGAUUUUGGCUUGUUUAAAAUAUAACGCUGCGUUUAUGGACACUGACUACACCUGCUGUUUGUUAGUAAUAGAUAAGGUCUUAGCGUGGAUACAAACAUUCAAGCCCAAACAGGAAUUCUUCGACACGUAUGUACAGGUACAUCUGACAAUGUUGUACUACAGAGCAGUGAGGCAGAGCAUGAAACAGAUGCCGGACGUGUUCGCUGAUGUGAAGCGGAGGAAGUCGGAGGGCGUGGAGGCUGUGGGCUUCGUCCUCGGGAGGUACAUAGUGAAGGAGGUGGCCCAGCUCGUGGAAACAUACUUCGACUCCAUAAUAGAGCUGUAUUCUAGUGCUUUGGGUGGCUACUUUGAUCAAUUCAGUUGCGGGAAAUCGAGAUCAAAGUUCAUUGGAGCCGUGCUUCGGGGUAUGAUGGCGGACGGAGUGGGUCUGCAGCGGCGCUUGGUGGUGUAUGCGUUAAGAGAUCGAGGAUACGAUAUGGAGGACCAUUUGAGAAUAGAAAUCACAAAAGAAAUAGAACAAGAUAAGGCUGUUGAGAUUUUCGUAUAUGCUGUUAUUGAAUAACCUGAUUAAUAUUUUUCAUCCCACCAUCUCGGAAAGAGUAGUUUUACUCUUUGAUAUCUGAGUGCAAAAGCCGUUUUUAUCCUCUAGAGCGGCAAAGUGAUUUGAAUUUAGAACAUCGUGUGCAAUACUCCAUUUGUGACAAUCUUGAUAAGACUUUUCAAAUAAAUACAUUUUAAACAAAUAAAAUAUUGGUUAAAAUAAUUAUUCAAUUAAUUAAGUAAUUUUUAUUAUUGUUUUUACAUAGAUUUUUAACCUCGUUUCAUUUUUAAACUGAGUUUCAAAUAAAUGAACUUUAAUAGGUACUUCUUUUUAAUUUGAUACUCAUAUGUGCGCGCCAUUUUGUUUUUUUGAAUUUCUUGCUCGGUCAUUAAAUUGAGCCCGCGGUUAAAAACCAACUUUGCACUCUUGUAUAACAAAUAACUAUUGUCAUUGAGUCAUCUGUGUUAUAGGAUUUUGUAGGUCAUCAAAACGACUUCAUUGGUAAAUCGUUAUUUUUAAAUAACAGAGCCUACCUUCAUGUUAAUAACUUCGUUUUGAUAACAUGUUUCGUGAGUGUUAAGUGCUUUUGGUUAAUUUUGAUUAAUGUGUUUUCUGCUAUAUAAUAUAAUUUAAUUAAGACACUAUUAUUGUUUUUUACAAAUUGAUAUAUAUGAGAAUGUUUAAUAUUGUUCUGAUUUCAAAUAUAUGACAUGAAAUCGA